AUGACCAGACAUCAUAAUAAGAAAUCAUUUUUAAGUCAAACAAAAUAUGAUAUUCAAAUGCGGGCAAGGGCUAUUGAACAUAGAAGAAAGACCACUAUGUAUGGACACGCUCAAGGUAAAAUAAUAGGAGAAGACACUAUGUAUGGGAACGCUCAAGGAAAGAUUGGAGAAGAUAGAGAAGACACUAUAUAUGACGAUGAUGAAUAUUAUGAUAUUACAGUUGAAGUUGGUAAUGACCUUAACGUAAGAAUAUUUCGUGCUCAUAUGGUUAUUUUAAAAUAUCAUUCUUCUUAUUUGCAAAGAAUACGACCAAUAAAAAAAUUGAUUAGAACUUUGACAAGUAUUAAAUUACCAAACAUUUUACCUGAGACUUUUCAAAUAGUAUUAAGAUAUAUUUAUGGGGGAAAAUUUCUUUGCAUGACAAAUUUUUCUUUGUUUGACCCAUAUUAUCCUUAA